AUGGCACACUUAAUCAAAUGGGGUAUCAUGGCCACGGGUGGAAUCGCAAAGACAUUCGUCCGCGAUCUCCUUAAGGAUCCCAAAACUCGCGACGCCACCGACAUAACCCACCAAGUGGUCGCCGUAUCAUCCUCCUCUUCAAAGGAACGCGCAGACCAAUUCAUCACCGAACUCGACAUCCCAUCUCCAUGUACCGCAUACGGCUCAUACGAGGAACUAGUUGCAGAUGCAAACAUUGAUGUCGUUUACAUCGCCACUCCACACUCACACCAUUAUCAAAAUGCCAUGCUAGCUCUCGAGGCCGGUAAACAUGUUCUCUGUGAAAAGGCAUUCACGGUCAACGCGGCCCAAACCAAGAUCUUGGCUGAGACAGCCCGCAAGAAGAAUCUCUUCCUUAUGGAAGCUGUUUGGACUCGGUACUUCCCUUUGAGCAUUCAAGUUCGGGAUCUGAUUAAGCAGGGUGCUAUUGGUGAGGUGUACCGCGUUAUUGCGGAUACGAGUUUCAGUAAUGAUCCGGAGAAUACGUUUGGUCUGGAGAACAGGAUGGUGAACCUUGAUCUUGCAGGUGGAUGUUUACUAGACUUGGGAAUCUACUCCCUAACCUGGAUCUUCCAAACUCUCUAUCAUACUCUUCCAAAGGACCAAAGAAAACCACCAACUGUUACAUCCCAGAUUACCCCUUACCAUCUCACAGGAUCUGAUGAAGCAACUACCAUGCUACUCUCUUUCCCAACAUCAACACCAUCUAAUGGUCCGAAUGUGAAAUACUCACAGGGAGUAGCAAUGACAAGUAUGCGAGUAGGAAAUGACCCCGAUGAAAAGGGCACAGCUGGUCCACCAAUUCGGAUUCAGGGUGAUAAGGGUGAGAUCCAAGUUUUCGGAUUUCCCUUCCAACCUACGAGAUACAGAGUUAUCCCGAACAAGGGACUCGGGGAGGUGAGAGAUGUGGAGUUUGAGUUCCCGGCUCAGGGACGUGGAAUGUACUGGGAGGCUGAUGAGGUUGCGAGGUGUUUGAGGGAUGGGAAAUUGGAGAGUGAAACCAUGUCCCUCGAGGAGAGUAUUGUUAUUAUGGAGGUUAUGGAUGAGGUUAGAAGACAGGGUGGUUUGGUUUAUCCUGAUUCUAUUGAGUCUACUGAGUAUCCGUUGAAGUUGUAG